AUGGCUCCUCUAAUAUCAACAGUCGCCGAAUCGGUUCGCACCCGAGCAGUGCAGUCGCUCGGCGGCGCCGCCCGUUAUGUAGCCGACGCAGCAUCCAAAACAUUUACUCGCUCACAAGCGAUCGAGAACUCACCCAGCCGCAUCCUCGCUCGACAACAAAACCCACAAUCGGUGCAGACGGUGCCGGUCCAGACCGUCCCGGGUGGAUAUACCGUCACUGGUCCAGACCCCGGCACUGUGGUGGGAAUCACGCUGGGGUCAUUGGCUGGGUUCCUGCUCAUCCUCUGGAUUAUCUACACGUGCAUCAACCUCGGCAACCCGGCCAUUGCGGAGACGACGAGUUCGUACGGAGGGACGUCGUCGGUCGUGACAAGGAAGACUCGCGGCCACUCGCACCACCGCCACUCGUCGCGACACCACAGCCGCCGGCGCGGCAGCAGGAUCGAGGUACGCACCACGUCGACCUCGCGGCCGGCGCGCGUGGUCCCAGUCGUUGUGGACGAGACCUCGGACCUGGGUCCACGUGGCAGGCCCCACGUCGAGCGCGUCGUCGUGGAGUCGUCCACCUCGCGCAGGAUCUCGGGGAGUCGGCCGCCGACGGGCGGUCCCACUUAUGGCGUGCCUGUGCCCGGGCCGAGAAUUGUUCAUAGCGACGAUGAGAGCAGCGAGGAUGAAGUUGUCGUUAUCGAGGAGAGGUCGAGGUCGCCGGGGCAGAGGAGGCAUCGGAGUAGGCGAGGAUCGAGCGCGUACGAAGAGAGGAGGUACAGCGAAUCGAGGAGGAGGUAG